GUUGGGUAACUCCUUAACAAUGCACAGUGAAACCCUAUACACGGACAACAGUGUCUGCAAGAUGUACAUAUAUUAGUGUCGUUCAGGAUAAACGACUUUAGUGUUCCAAUAAGUGUGACUGAAAACGUUAUGUGACACGUAUGUCCACACUUACAGCGCUCAGCGUGACACUCACACACGCACCAGCGGUCAGCGUGGCCCAGAUGUACACACGAAUGCUUUGACUACACGGCUUAAAACACGGAUGGACGUAGAGCAAAGACCUGUCCUUACAGACACGAGGCAGGUCCAGAAGCAGACGCCACGAGAAAGCGUUAAGGACACGUGCGCCAUACAGAGAAUACAAUCUAAAAAGAUAUAUGUAUAUAUAAAAAAGGGACCCGCACUACCCACACUGCAUACGGAGAGGGACACAGACUCACAACGGAACAACCCUCGCGGGGACACUAGAAUACACCAGAAAGCGUUACGAGGACACGCAAGCCACACAAGAAGAACCUUUCGAGGAGCAUCCCUCAAAAACAACACAGAGAACCGUCCGAAGGCGAGGACCAAGACGGUCUCUUAUACAGAACGCAGACAAGGGAACGCGAUAAGAUCACAAGAAGGGGCUUGCAUACCCUCCGGAAGGAGAACCACACACCCACACGGGACCCGCGCCAUCACCACACACACCAUCCUAACUCCCUCUUCCCCCAAAAGCUCCAUAGAACCUGGUUCCUUGAUCCAUCACGAUAAUGGUGAACCGAGUCAGGUUUUCCGAUGACGAGGCUUCAGGGACAGAUCUUGGGUAAGUGACCGCUAUGAAGAACCCUAAAAAGUCUUCUUAGAACCUCCCCAGUUCUCUUCCUGCAAGUUACUUCUUCCGGUGAACAUUUUUGUGUGUUCUUCUCAACUCUGAAUCUCCAGAACAAAAGACCACCUUCUAAACGAGUAAUAUGUGUAUCUUCUAAAUAGUGUUUUAUCAUAUACCUCCAAGGUCAUCCAAAUGAUCCUCCACAUGUGUAUACAUCUUGGCGGAUGAGUAAGAUUUAUUGUUUAUCUUUAAGGCUCCUGUGAGCCUUUUGGCUUUGGUUAUCACG